UUGUGAUUUGCUAUCUGACUACAGACAUGGAAUUCUUCCCUUUCUUAAUAAGUAUUUUAGUUUCUACAGCUGUACUUAAAGAACCGACCACAGAUCCCAGGAAUUUCACACAUGUUGUUCCUGAACAUGAGCUGUCUGAUCGUCAAUAUUACAAUGGUCCAGACUUCAGCCAAGCACCUACAGGGUCACUGAAAGUAGAUAAUGCUGCAUUAUCUGAUGACAUGGAUGACCUCACUAAGCUGUAUGAUGAACUUGAUUUGACAAAGGAGAAUACUCAUCUUGAAUCCACAAACACACUGCAAUCUGGAAUGGACACCAAGGAGCAUUUUCAACAGUACACUGCAGAAACAUCUGCAGCUGAAAUGGAAUACCUUGAACAAUGGUAUGAUGAGUUCAGUGUGGCAACAGGGCAAGUAUUACAGCAGCAGCAGCUGGAAACUGAAAGUCCCCAUGGUGUGGAAGAGCUUGUGCUAGCAUCUUUUGCAGCGAUAGAGCAGCAGCUGACGGACUUUGAGUUGCAGCUUCUGGAGUCUUAA